AUGAACAACCACACAGUGAUCACCGAGUUUGUCCUCUUAGGCCUUUCUGAUGAUCCUGGUCUUCAGAUUGUGAUUUUCCUCUUUUUAUUUAUCACUUAUGUAUUAAGCAUUACUGGGAACCUGACCAUCAUCAUCCUAACCUUGGUGGACUCCCACCUACAGACACCCAUGUAUUUCUUCCUCCGGAACUUCUCCUUCUUAGAAAUAUCAUUUACAACUGUCUGUAUUCCUAGAUUUCUGGGGUCACUUAUCACCAGAGAUAAGACCAUUUCCUUUAACAAUUGUGCAGCCCAACUCUUUUUCUUUAUCUUCCUGGGGGUUACUGAAUUUUACAUUCUGACGGCCAUGUCCUACGACCGCUACGUUGCCAUCUGCAAGCCCCUUCAUUAUACAACCAUCAUUAACGAGAAAGUCUGCAUCCUGCUUGUGCUCUGUGCUUGGCUGGGAGGGUUUCUGACCAUUUUCCCACCCCUUAUGCUUCUCCUACAGCUGGAUUACUGUGCUUCCAACGUUAUUGAUCACUUUGCAUGUGACUAUUUCCCCCUCUUACAGCUAUCUUGCUCUGAUACCUGGUUCCUAGAAGUAAUUGGUUUUUAUUUUGCUUUGGUUGCUUUGAUGUUCACUUUGGCCUUAGUGAUACUGUCCUAUAUGUACAUUGUCAGGACCAUUUUGAGACUCCCAUCUGCCAGUCAGAGGAAAAAGGCUUUCUCCACUUGUUCCUCUCACAUGAUUGUUAUCUCCAUCUCUUAUGGAAGCUGCAUAUUCAUGUAUGCUAAUCCCUCUGCAAAAGAAAAGGCAUCCUUGACAAAAGGAGUAGCUGUUCUCAACACUUCUGUGGCUCCCAUGCUGAACCCCUUCAUUUACACCCUCAGGAACCAGCAAGUAAAACAAGCCUUCAAGGACAUGGUCCAUAAAGUAGUAUUUUCUGCAAGUAAAUGA